GACAACCACAGCAUCCCCAACAAUCAUAUUUGUUUUUGUUUGGAUUUUCAAUUUUUGAAAUUUUUUUAAAAGUUUAAAGUAUUGUUUUCUGUUGAUUAUUCGAUUGUUGUAGAUUUAAAUCCAAGUAACAAUAAAACUGAUACAAUCGAUAAUCCAUACAAAUUGUAUUUAUUUAUGAUGGACGAUGCACAAGUUUUACAGAAAAAACUGUAUUUCUUAUUGGAACAGUUGCAGAAUAUGGCCAGCGAAUUACCUCCAAAAUAUCAAAUGAGAUUACCGUACGAGGUGCUAUCAAGCUUAGCCAAUUGUCUCCUCAACGAAACUGUUUUUGAAAUAGUCAAAGGCUUAUUGGAAAUCCAACAUGUCACCGAACAGCAUUUAUUUCAACAGAGAUUACAAUUUAUAAAUAAUAAGAAAAUUGAAGAACAAGAUUCACUAAAAAAAUACGAAAACAAUUCGGACAAGAAAAUCGAAGUUCUUCAAAAGUUCAUGUUAAAACAAAAGGAAGAAUUAAAAGAAUUUGAUAUGAAGCUGGUUCUGGAACUAGACAAAAAGGUAGCUGAACAACAAAGAAUAUUAGAACAAGCUGGAGUUCCUGGUUUUUAUUACACAACCAACACCUUGGAAAUUAAAGUCCAAAUGCACCUUUUAGAUUUCCUUUUGAGACUCAGUCAAAUGGGAAAUCAGUCUGUUUGACAUUUUAUUUUGUGUUUAUGUAUAAAGAGAAAAAUUAAUGUAUUUAUUGGUGAAUGUUUCCUGUAUGUACAAAUAACAAAAAAGGAGCUGCAAAAAAAAUACUAAUUUAAUAUAUUUUAAUUUUUUAAUAAAAAAAAAACACAAUAAGUUUAUUAGAAUUAUUGUAAAAAGAAUAACAAAAUAUUGGGUCUGAUAAAUAAACAUGGUAACACUUUUAAGUUUAGCAUUAUGUCUUUUUUUUCAAUACAAACCACCCUAACCAUUCCAAAUAAACCAAUUUCAAUUAUUAUAAAUAAAAGUUAAAUUUCUUAAUUGAUAGAAACAAAAAUAACCCUUAUCAAAUAAAAAUCAAUCUACAUAAUAUUUAAGUACAAAGUUAAAAAUUAUUUUUAACUUUUAAAUUAUUGAAAAUUCUAAUAAAUUGAUAAAUUUUAAGAGAGGGAAACUUGCCCAUAACAAUUUAUAUGUAUGUAUGUACAUGUUAGUCUAGUCUAAUACAUUAUAAAUAAAGAAAAAAACAUUUAACAUUGCUAGAACUUUGUUUUUGUUAAGUAUAGUUAACAACAAAAUAAAUAAUUUUUUUAACAUUUAAAAAUGGUAUACUUACCUUAAAUCUGAAAAUGCACUAGAGACGUUUUUUUUUUUAUACUAAUUCUAGGUUCUUUAUAGCAUUAGAGGCAGUCUAGUAAAAUAAACUCUACACAUCCAUGGAAAUUAUUUAGAUUUUUUCGAUUUGUCCUCAACCUUUGCACCGUAAGAAGAACCGUGCUUGGUUUCGGACAUUGCGAUGGUUCUUUGGAGAAGCAUAUAAACUGAAAAAUAAUGUAUUCAUAACACAAUUUAUUCAUGGUAAUAUUUUACUUACAUGCAAAAAUAAGUCCUGCGCCGAUAAUGAAGUAAGUCAAAUGGCCACUAAAAAGUAAUUUGACCAGAUAGCACAGCAACGGCACUAGAAUGCUGACCAUCCAGAAAAUCACAUUCAAUAUGGGCCAAAGCCUUCUAUGUGCCGGCCAUGGUUCAACCGGAGUGACUCCGGAGUUUUUGAAAAAGUCCCCAGUUUGAAUGAAGCUCUCUUUCAUUUUGUCCUAUUAUAAAAACUAGUUAAUACUUAUUUUUUUAGUGAAUUAAUAAUUUACUUACUUUCCUAACAAAAAGCUCCCUCAAAUAUUGUUCCUGUUCAGCUUCAGUGUCUGGUACCUCCUCCAACGGUACCCUCUUGAUGUACAUAUGGGCCGUAAUUUGCUUGCCGAAAAGCAAAUUGGUCAUGGUGGGUUCCACCGGAUCGUCGUCUUUGAAUACGAUGAGAGUAUCGUAAAUGGCGGGUACUUUGCCGCGCAUCGGCGGCAAGCUGGCAACGAACCCUUUGGUUCUUGGUAAAAGAUGAUGUUUGAGUUGCGGCAGGUUGUUUUUGUUGGCAAAGUCCAAAGAGAUUUGGUGUUUUUUCGGGGUGAAUCUGGUUCCU